AUGACGGUUUUCAAAGCUGUGUUGUGGCUGGCGUGCGGUGCCUCCUGUCUGAGACAUGUGAGCGGACACGGUGAACCUGGGGAACUAUAUUCUUCCAUCGCCUUGACCAGGUGGAUCUUUGUCCUCGACCAGAUGUUAGGGGAGUUUCUUGCUACCCAGACGAACCUUACAGCUGGUUCUGCCAGGUACUUGGAAUCAUAUCAGUGGGCAGCGGAGGAUGCAAGGGCAAGCAACCACGACAUGGACCUGACCCUGACAGGAAAUCCCUUACAAGUUUACUCUCUGUUCAAACGACUAGCCCUGUACGGGUCUGAGGUGGUGAGUCUGCAAGCCCACGCCCACGCCCACACAUACACCAACCAUAUCCUAUUACACGAGGACGGGAGUCCGGUGCUACCCUCACAACGGGACUUCGAAGGUGCAGCCAACGGCCUGGGGCGCCUCCAGCGGGUUUAUGAUCUUCCCAUCACUCACCUCCUUCAGGGCAGGAUCCUCAACACCACCUGCAGCGUCAAGUUGGGUGUAUCCGACUGUGUCCUGGUUGCCAAUGUUAGUCGACAGAACGGUGCCUUAGUCACUGCCUGGGAGUGGUACAGACAGGCACUGCUCCUGGCCCCGGAGAACGACACCAUCGCUCUCAUUAAGCAGGAGAUGUCCUCCCUGCUGCAGGAACUGUACGACGAGGAGGAGGAGGAGGAGGAAGAAAAGGAGGAGAAAGAGGAGAAGGAGGAGGAGAAGAAGAAGAAGGAGAAGCCCGUGCAGUCUUUCCUUGAAUCUCUUCCCUUCGACAUUGAAGCAGACGAACAAGAGAGGGACUUCAACAGGCUCUGUCGUGGCGAGACCUUCCUAACGGAGCAGCAGCAACGGGGCCUGCAAUGUCAUGUGUCUUCCAUGGGCUCCCCGUACUUGUUGCUGCGACCUGCCAAGUACGAACAGCUCCUCCGACACCCGGAGCUCUACCUCUACUACGAUGUCAUCUCCCAGAACGAGAUUGAGGUGGUGCAACAGCUGUCGGAAAAAGCCCUGAGUCGUGCCGGCCUUCAGUACGUGGAUGGACCGAGUGAGCUGCGUGUAGCACACGUAGCCUGGCUCGCUAACGACACACACACAGUCCUGGAGACCCUCUCUCGCAGGAUCUCCUACAUGACUGGUCUCCACGUGCACGAGGGAGAGGGACCAGAUAUGGCCGGAGAAUUUCUGCAGGUAUGCAACUACGGCGUCGGAGGAUACUUCAUCCACCACCACGACCCACUCUACAAGAACACACCGGAGAACGAGACAUUUCUCGUAACCUCAAUUAAAUCAUCAAUUCCUAAGCUCCAUCUUUUCAACCUGCGUUUCUCUCCACAGUGGCCCGAGGAGCAACUUGUGAGUGGGGACCGUCUUGCAACCUUCGUUAUUUACUUGUCGGAGGUGGAGGCAGGGGGUAAAACAGCGUUCCCUUUGGUGGGUACAGCUGUUUCGCCCGUCAAGGGAGGAGCUGUCUUCUGGUACAACAUCCACCGUGACGGCCAGCUGGACCAGCUGGCACUGCACGGUGGAUGUCCCAUCCUUCUGGGAGACAAGUGGAUUGCUAACAAGUGGAUACACGAAGGCCCCAAUUUUCAACGUCGCCUUUGCAGCCUUGAUCCUGACUUUUAAACGUCACUCCAUCCAUCCAUCCACCCAUCUAUCUAUCCAACCAUCCAACCAUCCACCCAUCUAUCUAUCCAACCAUACGUCUGGUGCCAGUCAACUCACAUCCAUCCUCUACUAUGAACUGUGAAGAAUGGAGUUGACUUCACGAAUAAUCUAUCACAAUUUUAAUAGACACUGAUGAUAAGUUA